GUCGGCCAUCUUGGAGAAGCUUAUCAAGAAUGGGUACAUCAACCAAUUGUCAGCAAAGAAACACCGAGAUUUUUUGAAAAUGACUUCAUGGAGUUCUUGACACGCACUGCGUGGUGGAUAAUCCCGCUCGUCUGGCUACCGGUCGUGUGUUUUUUCGUGUUGUCAUCCAUAAAACUCGGACUCCCUCCGAAUGAUGUGGCGUUAGCCAUUUUCUGCGGUAUUAUGGUGUGGACACUUGUCGAGUACGCUUUGCAUCGGUUUCUUUUCCACAUAAACACAACAAGCUAUUGGGCAAAUACAUUGCACUACCUCAUUCACGGUUGCCAUCACAAGCACCCGAUGGAUGGCCUCAGGCUCGUUUUCCCUCCAGCCGCAGCUGUCAUUUUAGCCUUUCCGUUGUGGAGUAUGGUCAAUCAGCUUGCAUCGGAGGCUUAUGCCCCUGCUGUGUUCGGAGGCGGUUUGCUGGGAUAUGUUAUAGAAAUCACAUGGAGCAUCACUUCAGAAUUCAGGACAAGGGAUUCGGAAUCACUUCGAAUUUCUGGGAUAGGGUUUUUGGAACACUUCCUCCUAUCAUAUUUUGCUAUUAUUACCAAGAUGGUGGUGCAGGGAUUUACGGUCGACUUAAAUAAACCUCUUGUCUUCCAGGUUGGCCAUCUUGGUGAAGAAUAUCAAGAUUGGGUUCAUCAGCCGAUUGUUAGCAAGGAAGGCCCUCGAUUUUUCGAAAGUGAUUUCUGGGAGUUUUUGACCCGUACGCAAUGGUGGGUUAUCCCUCUUAUCUGGCUGCCGGUUGUUUUCUGGUUCAUUUCGAGGUCCAUUAGUUUGGGCCACACAAUACCUCAAAUUUUAGUGAUUGCUUCUCUCGGCAUUUUGACUUGGACACUUCUCGAAUAUACUCUGCACCGAUUCCUUUUUCACAUUAAGACAAAGAGUUAUUGGGGAAACACAGUUCAUUAUCUUCUCCAUGGUUGUCAUCAUAAGCACCCAAUGGAUGGUCUGCGUCUCGUUUUUCCACCUGCUGCGACUGCUGUUCUUUUAUAUCCCUUUUGGAAUUUGAUAAAAUUAAUAUCGACUCCGACGAUGGCGCCUGCAUUGUUCGGCGGUGGUUUGCUCGGUUAUAACAGAGGAUUUGGUAUCACAUCGUCACUUUGGGAUAGUGUGUUUGGAACUCUACCUCCAUCGAAACUGGGUAACAAGAGAAGCCAUGAAUCAAAACAACACCGGUCAUUCUUCCGGUGCAUCAACCGCCAAUUCCCCGGUCAAUGCACCACCAUCCUCGACCGAUUCCACUCCCCGACCCACCCGACCUACUCGACCCUCCUCCAAAACUCGACCCGUAACCCGAGAUGGUUCGACUCCACUUCCCAACGACCUUUCCUCAUCGUAACCCCACAAACCGAGCCCGAGAUUCGGCCCGUUAUCCUCUGCAGCCGGGCCUCGGGCCUCCAAAUCCGAGUCAACAGCGGCGGCCACGACUACGAAGGCCUCUCCUUCCGCUCCCCGAUGAACCCUUUCAUCAUGAUCCUCAUGUCGAACCUCAACCGAACAAAAAUCGACAUAACUCAUGCACACGCGUGGAUUCAAACCGGCGCCAGCCUCGGCCAACUGUACUACGAGAUUCAGAGGAAAAGCAGGGCUCACGCUUUUCCCGCCGGACUUUACCCGUCCGUGGGCUCCGGCGGCCACGUCAGCGGAGGCGGCCUCGGAACCCUAACGAGAAAAUAUGGACUCGCCUCGGAUAACGUGCUCGACGCUCGUAUAAUGGAUGCCAACGGGACAAUACUCGACCGGAAAAAAAUGGGUGAAGAUCUCUUUUGGGCACUCCGUGGAGGCGGAGGCUCGAGUUUCGGCGUAAUCCUCGCGUGGAAGCUCCGGCUCGUUCGAGUCCCGCCGGAAGUCACCGCAUUUUCGGUUCGCCGGAGGCUCGAUUUCGACGGCAACCCGGAGAAUCUCGAGCUUCUCGAGAAAUGGCAGGGGAAUGCGUAUAGGGCUCCCGACGAACUUUUCGUGAGACUACUCGUGCAGACGGCGCCAGACGACGACUCGGGAGAGAAACGAUUCGUUCAAGUCACGUACAACGGGCUUUUCCUAGGGCCCGCGGAGAGAUUCAUUCGUCUCGUCAACCGGACUUUCCCGGAGUUCAAUUUCACGGUCGGCGACUGUCUGAACCACCGGCCAGAGAAUAACAACAACAACAACAACAACGGGUGUCGCGAGCGGCCGUGCGUGAAAAAGGAAUGUUUCAACGUGUCGUGGAUUCAGUCGGUGAUGUAUUUCUCCGGGAAAAAAACCGACGACUCGCCGGAGAUUCUUCUCAGGAAGAAGGCGAACAACAUGUUUAAUUUCCAUAAGGGCACGUCGGAUUUUCUCGAGGCUCCCGUGCCAGUCGAGGGGUGGCGGAUGGUGCACGAUGCGUUUUUGCGCGAGGAGCAGCCGAUGAUGAUAAUCGACCCGCUUGGAGGGAGAAUGGAUCGGAUAUCAGAAGACGAGACGCCGUUCCCACAUAGAAAGGGGAACCUUUUCAGCGUGCAGUAUUUGACGUAUUGGGGAGUGAGUAAUAACGAGAGUGAGGCGAACAAGCACUUGCAAUGGAUGAGGGAUUUGCGCGAGAAAACAAAGCCUUACGUGGCUAAGUCUCCACGGACGGCGUAUAUUAACUAUAAGGAUCUUGAUUUGGGGAGUAACGACGCCAACUUUAGCUAUAGUCAGGGGAAGGUGUGGGGGGAGAAGUAUUUUAAGGGUAACUUUGAGAGAUUGGCGAGAGUGAAGGGGAAGGUCGAUCCGAGUAAUUUCUUUAGAAACGAGCUAAGCAUUCCG